CAAGGAGGAAGAAUUUAAAGGAGCAUAUGAAGUCUCACGAGAUCGGCCAAGUGUGCUCCGUGUGCUGUCUGGACUGCGGGGAUCAUGCUUCGUUGGUCGUACAUUUGAGUCGUUCACAUGGACUAGCUGUUUCCGGGCACACAGCGACCGACGCCACGCACCAGUAUAUGGCAAAUGACGAUAUAUGAACGGUUAAACGCCGCGACAUUCUUAGAGCAUACCACAGUCAAGCCAUUCUUUUAUCAGCAAGCGAAUUUCAAAUGCUUUUACUGCUCUGAAAUCUUCCCAGAAAUCCAUUCAGUGUUGCAGCAUACGGCCCUACAUCCAGUGCCUGACAGAUCUACUUUACUAAAACAGUAUUUGAGAAAAGGCAAACGCGUUAUUAAAGUUGAUAUUUCUGUCCUAAAAUGCAGGGUUUGUGAUCAAAGGUUUUCCGACCUGGAUGAUAUCAGAAAACAUUUAGUCGUUCUCCACAGUCAAGAGUUUAAUACAGCGGGGAAUGGUUUGAUGGCUUACGAUUUAAGCAUGACCAAAGGCCUUCUUUCCUGCCACAAAUGUGGGAAGACUUUCAACUCAUUCUUCCUCCUCAACAGACAUAUGAACGUCCAUUUCAACGUAGUAUGCGAGACUUGUGGCCUUGGAUUCAUAUCUCACCAACGUUUGAUCAACCAUCGCAUAGUGCACCAGAACGGUGUACACAAAUGCGACAGAUGCCAGGAAGUGUUCCCCACGAAACUAAAAUUGAGAUAUCAUUUAUUCAAGAAGCACGAAGAACCCAAUUCUAAAAAGAGUAAGCCAUUGAAAUGUCCUCAUUGCUUGGAGAGAUUUUCGGAGCAUUAUAAAAAGAUGACGCACUUGAAGGAGGCGCAUGGGAUCACCUUUACUUUUGAUUGCCAAGUUUGUAAAGCUGUGUACCCUACUCGGCGGGCUUUGACGGAGCACACGACUAAACAGCACACGCAGACGAUACAGUGUAAAGUUUGUGGGAAAUGUUUUGGGACGAAAUCUUUGUUGAAGAUGCAUUCGCGGGGACACACAGGGGAGAGGAAUUUCUAUUGCACGGUAUGUCACAAGGCGUAUAUGCAUGAGAGGACGUUAAGGGAGCACAUGAGAGUACACGGACCAGUUUGGAAGUACACGUGUGCUGAAUGCGGGAACGGGUUUCACAAUCGUAACGAUUAUAACAAGCAUGUUAAGCAAUGGCAUCCCCAGUGGCAGUUCAGGACUAUUGUAAAGAACUUUGGAUCUGGGGUAACAAGUUAGGUUAAGAAUUAGUUCAGAGUGCUAAGUAUGAGAUAUUAUUGCUAUUGGAUCGCGUGAUAGGUAACUAGGAUUUGAGCGCCAUCUAGUUACAAUACUAGGAAACAAAUCUACACUAGAUCGCACCCUUUCACAUUCCAUUCCAUACAAUUCCUAGCUAACUUCGUUCGAAUAGGAAAAUCUAACACCAGGCACUCAUGUAGGCAAUAGUGCAGCUACAGUUCAUUCGUUCCAUUUUAAAGAUGCACGUGCUUGUAUGUAGCAAUCAAUAAUAAAACUCUUAGGAUUAGUGAAAAACUGUGAUACAGGUCUCUAUCUGUUUAAUUUAAGCAUGCUUAAUUUUAAUUUUCUUAUUUCCAUAACGAUAAUAAAUGUAUGACUUUUC